AUGGAGGCUCCCCGCGGAUACAAUGGCUCUGCUCCCAGCUCCGGUCCUGCAGUGUUCUUCUUGUCCGGUAUCCCUGGACUGGAAAACUUCCACCUCUGGAUCUCCAUCCCUUUCUGCUCCGUGUUCACCAUCGCCCUUCUGGGCAACCUCCUCCUCCUCUACGUGAUCAAGACAGACGCCUCCCUCCACAAGCCCAUGUUCUUCUUCCUCUGCAUGUUAGCCUCCAUCGACCUGGUGCUGUCCCUCACCACCAUGCCCAAGACACUCAGCAUCUUCUGGUUCAGGGCCAGGGAGAUCAGCUUGACUGGCUGCCUCGUCCAGAUGUUUUUCCUCCAUACUUUUUCCAUCAUGGAGUCUGCCAUGCUCUUGGCAAUGGCCUUUGACCGUUAUAUUGCCAUCUGCCACCCUCUGAGGUACACCACCAUCCUCACACGUUCGUUGAUCGUCAAGGUCGGGCUGGUGGCCUUGGCACGGGCUGUUUUCCUGAUGUCCCCUUUGCCCUUCCUGCUGAGACGCUUGCCCUACUGCCACUCUCAUGUCAUCGCCCACUGCUUUUGCGAGCACAUGGCAUUGGUGAGGCUGGCCUGUUCCAACACACGGUUCAACAACAUCUACGGGAUCAUUGUGGUUUUCUUGGUUGUGGUUCUGGACCUGACUUUUAUCGGUCUGUCCUAUGCUAAGAUUAUAAGAGCUGUGCUCAGUCUGGCUUCGAAGGAUGAGCAGCUCAAAGCCUUUGGAACGUGCAUUUCACACCUGUGUGCCAUUUUAAUUUUCUAUGCUCCCGUGAUUCUCUCCUCAAUAAUCCAUCGGUUUGGUCACCAUGUUGCCCCCCACAUUCACAUCUUGCUUACCAACUUCUACCUUCUUUUCCCUCCCAUGAUGAACCCCAUAAUUUAUGGGGUGAAAACCAAGCAAAUAAGAGAGAGAGUCUUCCACCUCUUCCACCGGAAAAGUUUCUGA